AUGAGCGGCUCUGAAUUUCUUGACACAAUCUUUCCGACGAACAGCCUAUCAGCCGGCGUGUUCUUCUGUGGGAUAUGUAGCAAGCCCUUCAGCCAAGAGGCUUCGACUUUUGAUCAUCAAGUACAAUGGGAUGCAUUCUCGCAAAUAGUUGAGCUGCCGGAUGAAGUCGCUUUUGGCCACUUCCCUCUGGCGGAACCUGGACUUGGUCACAUAACCGAGGACCUGAUGGUCGGUGACACCGAUUUGUCUCCAUCACCAGAACCAUACCGGCAGAUACUGUCACAUUCGAUGAACUUUGGCAGGCGCGUGAUAUCAAACACAUCUGGGAUCGUCUUUCCACUUCAAUUCAUCAAGGAACCAAAGCCGGCGGCGAAUGGCAGUGCGAACAUGAUCAAACAGGCACUGCGCUCAUAUCCUGAAAUGAUGCUGCGAAGGUCAACAUUCCCUCCCUUCAUACACCAAUAUCAGGAUAAGAGCCAUCUUCCCGAGCCACUAGCAAACUGUAUGGGCAUUGCGAUUUUAUAUAGCAAAAGAGACAUCUUCGCCUCAAUACAAGCAGAGCUGAUAUAUAUCAUCAUGCGUGUCGUUGCCGGCGGUGGAAGCACUCUUGUAGACCGUGAUUACAACACCCACAUGCUGUUGGCUUAUGAGGUAUCUUCUGCUACCGAAGAUUAUGAGUUCUUGAUGGAACGCGUCGCAGCUGACAAUUUUUGA